AUGGUUACAGCUACAGAACGGCUUACCAGAAACCCUUCUUAUAAAAAUGAUUUUUAUAUAAAUGGAGGAAAACUUUUCUCACUUGAAAAACCUCAAAAAGUUUCUUCUCAACUUGCGAUUACUUCUUUUAGCAAGUCUUAUGAUGAAAGAGAGCAAUUCGUUCUUGG